UCCAAUCUAAAACUAAGUCUCUCACUUUCUUAGUUUCCUGUGGACCGUGGGAAACACCCAAUUCCCAUCUCUAUCAAAGGUUGGUCCACAAUUUCUCUCAUUUUCUCAUCUCAGUGAAGAUGCCGCUCCCAUGGAAGAAAACCCGGGUGGGGCGGAUUUCCCAAAUGGUGGCGGAUCUACAAUCCCCGAAAAAAGGGGGAUCGCUAGUUGUCCAGACUGGAUUCCCUGCUUCUCUUAUAGAUCUCUUCGUCAAAAACCGCGAUCGGUUGAGAAAACGGUCGAAAAAUAACAACAAGAAGAAGAAUUCGGAAAAAAGGUCGGAUUUUGACUCUGUUGACCGGGUCUCCGAUCCGAUCGUGUCGUGUUCUGAAAAGGGUUCCGGUGAUUCGUCGAUUUUGGCGGUACCCAGUUCGGGAGAGAUCGAGAAUUUCACCGCCGGAGAAGAUGGUCAUGGUGUUUCGGAAGACACUGGUUCUCGGGUUUCGGGUGAAAUCGAGGCGGGAAGUUCUGGAAUUGUUGUUGAGGAAUCGGGCCGUGGAAGCUGUGGAGAUUUGACUUCGGUUUUUGUGGCGGUGGCGAAGGUGUUUGCGGUGGUGGCUUUGGCUCUGUGCACCACCAAGUUCGCCGUUGGGAUCACGCUGUCUGCUUUUCUGCUUUUGUUUCUGGAAUGCGUGGGUAAGCACUUUUCUUGUUUAGCGAAACCUUGCUCGAAUGCGAAAUCGGCUUGGCAAUAUAUGGCUAAAAGGAUCGGCUAUGCAGUAUUGGUUUUGAGGAGUGAUGUGAUUGUGAAAGAAAAGAGUGAUGGUGUUGUGUUUGAAUUGGUUGAACCUGGGGUUGAAUCAGACUCUUCAUUUGAAGAGAUUGAGGUUGUGGAGCUUAAGAGUAGUGGUAGUGUGCGUAUUGAUGAAGGUAUUGGUCAGAAGAGUUUGAUUGAGUAUUUGAAUAUGGAUGGUGAGAAGUCGGAGAAGAUUGAGACGGGUGAUCAUACUGAGGACUUGUCGGUUUCGGUUUGUAAGAAGAGUAAGAGUAAGGGUAGAAAGAGGUGUGUGUCUAAUAUGGGAGCAAAGCUUAUCAAGAGGUUUAUGCCUAAGAAAUUGCGUAAGAAGAAUCGGUCUGGGGCGGAGCCGGAGCCAAAGCUUAGUGAAGUUUGUGUUGACGUGGUAGAAGAGGGAUUGGUAGAACAAGAAAGCCAAAGAGAAGGGUUCAGUGCUGAGGAAGAAGAAGGUGAAAACAGUUCAAUGGUGUCAGUAAAUUCAGUAAAUAAGUGUGAAAAACAAGAAGCUGAUGGAAUAGUAACUUCAUUGAUUGUUGGAAAGAAGGGAACAGAAAGCAAAGGGAAUUUUGGGUAUCUGAUUCUGUUUUUGAUAGCUCUUGCUGGACUUGUUGGAGGUCGGGUUUUAGCUCUGAUGCUUAUAAUCACUUGGUGCUUUAUGUUGAAGGUGAUUAGGUCUUGGAGCAGUUCAGGCGAUAUGCCCCUCCCCCUGAAAAGGUGUUCUUUCCCAAUUUCCUUGUAGAAAUGUGGAGUUGUUAUAGACUUAUAGUGAUGUUCUUUUUUUAUUUGGCUUCAGAUAUAGUGUUCUUAAGUCUCAAACUGUAGUCUGGCACUGAAAGCUUAGUGUGAUAGAAUUUCCAACCUUUUCGUUGGCAACCCAGCUUGAGGUGUUGUACUCUAAACUGUAAAUUGUUGCAGAUACAGAUUAUAAUAUAGUUCUUGUUUUUGUUUCCUUGUAUCAA